AUGCCAAUCAUGCGAUGCUUGCCUGCUGCAGUACUUCUUCUGUCUAUGGCUGCGAACGGUGCAAGAGUCUUUCCCGGGUUCAACAACGUGGCAAGUGCCAGGCACCCAAGUCUGGGGGUGCCACUCUCCGCCCAGGCAACGGCCCAUGUCAUCACGGAUGGUUCCCAGAAAUGGAGCAGCACCGGAAACGUCUCGUACAAAUUAACGAAACUUCUCUGGCUGACUGCAGUUUCUGAUCACAUGAUUACUUUUGAAGAGAAGCAGCCGGGAGGUGCUGACCGGCGGCACACUAUGUUCGUUGGAUGGAACAACAUCGUCACCCGCAUGGUUGAUCGCUACCUCUUCGUGACAGACUUCGACCAGGAGAGGGAGCUUCGCUCCGUGUGCUACACGUACUCCGACGAGCGUCCCGAGGGCUUCUGGGAUCCGUUCGAACAGGUGGAAUCGAACUUCGACCUGGUCACGGAGAGCCCAGAGGCCGAUUUCUGGAAAACCCCGAAGGUAACCACCUCACAUGGCACGCAGAUGGUGGCGAGGAUGUUUACCGAGGCAGGUGGCAAGAAUGCGUUGAAUACAACCAUCGUGUCCACCGAGAACAACCACAAAAGCACAUAUACCAUCGUCUACAGCGAUCGUGCCCAGUCAGCGAUUGCAGAUCACGACGAACUUGUCUACAAGUAUCAAGAGAUGACCUGUACGACGGUAAGCGGGUUUCAGAACCUGCCAGAGGUCUGCGUUGAUGACCUCUUGGCCAUAGAGUACGGAUGCGGUUAUGCAGAGCUUCGAGAGAAAUCCUAG